ACGAUAUAGCUCCACUUCCGUCCUCCUCUCUCGUUGCAUUGCCGUCGAUCUUCUCAUCCUUGCUAUUGCGAUGCAUUCCACAGCUCUCGCCACAGCACUUACGCUGCUGGCGUACAAUGCGAAUGCACAUCCCAUCACCGAUGAAUUGGGCGAACAAGAGCUAUCGGCGAGGCAAGCUAAUCGCUUCAGCUUCUUUCCACUCAAGACCCCUCUGACCGGUCCUUGCGAUCUCGAACAUGGACCGGAUGGAGCUUUGUGGGGCGAAGGCAUCCUCGCCAACAACAUCUUUCGUAUCGACCCAAGCACGGGUCUAGUGGAAGAGUAUCCAAUUCCAUUCACCACGCCUAUUUCGAAUGAGACAAUACCCAUCCCCACAAUCUUGGGUCAGCGAGCGGCCUUUUCGUGUGCUAUUCGGAGAGGUGCAGAUGGGAAUCUGUAUGCUGCAAACGGACUGCGGAACCAGCUCGUCCGCAUCAGUCCCGUAACACGCGAGAUUGAAGUCUUGCAGCCGCCUGGAACCGGCGCACUUGGAAACCUGCAGCCGUUCAAUGAUUUGUACACAUCCGACGAUGGCAUGUGGUACACUCAGACGACGGGCAAUGUAUUUCAGAGGUUCGACUACGAGAGUGAGACCUGGGAGACCUACAACGUCCCCACUCCAGCCUCUCUGCCGCUUGGACUUUACGUCGCUUCGGACAAAAAAGUCUAUGUGGCUGAAGUGCUGGCAAACAAGAUUUUGGUGCUCGAUCGAGAGAAGAAUGAAAUCAAUGAGUAUCCGAUUCCGGAGCCAUUGCAAAUGCCAACCGUAAUCCGAGCCGAACGCAAUGGCUGGGUCUAUUUUGCCCUGUUCACUGGAAACGGCAUCGGUCGUAUCAACAUGAAGACACACAAGAUCGAGAUCUUUCACACCAACAAGCUCGCUCCUCUCGGUGCAGAGGAUACCAUCGACAAAUACGGCGGCGUAUACUCGAGCUUCUUCAAUGUCAAUGGUCUUGCGAGACUCAACACCGACACCCUGAAGUUCAGCUAUAUCAACUUCCCGCGAUCGAUCAACCUGCCAUUGUUGGAUGUGCCGCCAUAUGUCGAUGUGGCAGUCAAUUAUGGUCCUGGCGAUGCCGUGUGGUUUACCGAUGUGAGCGGCAAUCGUGUUGGUCGAUAUGAUAUUAGUGGACUGUACGGCUGAGCAUCGUAGUCCAUAGUGAGAGCAACACCAACUAAGUCACUCGCGCAAUGACUUCUCCGUGCAUCAUGGCGAAUGCAGCAUCCUCAUCUUCAAUCCAGUCUUUCCAAGCCAUUGCCCACUUCUCCAACGUUUCGGAUGACACGCCCAUGUCCAUGGCACGAUCAGCGAAAAGUCCUUGGG